CUGUACGGGGAAAGCGGCGGGCGUCUCCACCCACUGGCCGCCCACCAAGCCGCCCCGGCGCACUAGGGCAGCGGGCAGCACCGAGCUGCCGCGCCGCGCCGCCACCAAACCUGGGGGUAAAGGGGGCAGAAGGAGGAGGCGGCGGCGGGCGACAGCGGCCAGCGAUGGCAAGAGGCUCGCCAUGAUCGCGCACCGCCGACAGGCGCGGAGCGCUGACCGAGCCCUCCCGCGCCGCCCCGAAGGAGGAGCCGUGGAGGGGCCGGGCCAGAAGUGGAGGAUUGGAGUUUUUCGUCUGUGCUUACAACAGUGUGGGGCUAUUGGUAGCCUCCGCUUCCCCAUCCCGAGCGAGAUGCUGCUCCGGAGGGAGAGGAAGGACUUGGCAUUUCGUGGCUUUACUUCAGCGGCACUGGACGGCGGGAGGCUGGGCUUGAAGUGGGCCGGUGGCCCCCGCCUCCGACCGCUGGACUCCAUGGCACCGGCGGUCAGUGCCUGCAGGGAGCCGCACGAAGCCGGAGCCCAAUGCCACCAUCUAGCUAGGGACUAAUACGUCUGUCCUACGUGUGCCAGCCUUGCCCACAGACUGAGCAGUGAUCGGGCACCGCGGCCAGGACAGGUUUGCGUGGCGGAUGGUUGGGAGCCACGGCGUGUCCAGGCUCUGCAUUAAGACAGACAUCCGCAGCAAUAGGUACGGCAGGACUACGCUCAUCAUUUCUACCUGUGCUUUCAGUUUGUAUCGUAUGACCCAAACUUAAGUUUGCAAUUCCCUAUCAGCUCGACAAAGUUUAUGCAUUUGUGUUGCUUACAGCUCAGGAGCUACUCUGUUUGUACCAUAUGCUGCUUUGGCAAUUGGCUUUAAUCUCUGGUGAAGUCUGGCAUAGCUGUUUUAAGGCAAGAACACCGUGAUCUGAAGGGAUGCUCUGCUGCGGAUUUUUAUGUUAGCAGAACCCUGGCUGCUGCAGACGGAGAUACUAAAGUUCAAAAGAGGAGAAUACCUCUAAGUUACUUCUUUUUUAUAUUUGAGGUAAAGACUAGUACGAUGUAGCCUUUCAAACGCAGCAGUCGCUCACUUGCUGUGUCAGCAAUAUGCGUGAAAGAAAAGACAUGCUCCGUAACCUGGAUUUCAAAGGUCACAGUGCUACUGCUCCAGCAGUUGAAGCCAGCGUCAUGGCUGAUUGGAAGGUGUUUGUUUUGCUGCUUACGCUCUACUGUUUCUGUCAGAGAGGGAUCCCAUGUGGAAUUUCAACGCAUAUUGAAAUAGCACAUAGAGCCCUGGAAUUUUUCAUAUAUGAAGGGAGUGUUAAUUAUAGACAGUUGUUAUUAAAUCACCAAGAUGCAUUUCAGGCUGGGAGCACUUACCCUGAUGCCUUUUACCCUCCAAUUUGCAAAGGCGGAAUAUUCCAUGAUGUGUCUGAGGACACUCACUGGUCACCAUUUCUCAGUACAAGCAUCCAGUACAUCAAAAGGAAUUACCCUCAGCCUUGGGAAGAGGCUACAGAGAAGCUGGUGGCUUUCCUGUUUGGAAUUGCCUCUCAUAUGGUGGCAGAUGUUAGCUGGCAUAGCCUGGGCAUCGACCAAGGAUUUUUAAAGGCCAUGGGAGAAAUUGAUUUUCGUGGUUCAUACUCAGAAGCUCACAAAGCUGGUGAUUUUGGAGGAGAUGUACUGAGUCAGUUUGAGCUAGACUUCAGUUAUCUGGCAUCAAGUUGGUAUGUUCCUGUCAAAGACCUAGCAGCCAUCUACAAGGAAUUUUAUAAAAGAGAGGUCAUAACUGAAAGCACAAUUACUGACUGUACUUACUUGCUGUUUCUUGAACUGCAUGGAGAAAGGCUUGCUGUUGCCAAGCUUUUCCCAACCUAUGCCCGUAAAUCUCCAUUUCUGGUGGAGAAGUUCCAUGAGUAUUUCCUGGGAGGAAUGGAUGACAUGGCUUUCUGGACAAACAACAUUUUUGAGCUGACGAGCUACAUGCUAGAGGAGGGAACCAGUGGCUGCUUCCUGCCUGAGAACCCUCUGUUUAUAAACUGCACAAGGGAGCAUGAGGAACGCCACAUGAGCAGACAAUCAAAACAUGACUAUCGAAAGAAUGAAACUUCUGUGCUUACAAAAACACUUGAAAAGAACCUAACUUAUACAGAGAGAGGAGUUCACUUCAACAUACAAUCUUGGGCAGCAAAUUCACUCCAUUUGAUAAACCAGGCUUUUGCAUCCAAAGUCUGGGGAGCGUUAGCAGCUACACAUCAGGAAUCUUCUAAGCACAUCUCCAAGCCUGUAGCUUCAUAUUUUCUGACUUCACCCUAUGCUAGACUUGGAUGGGCAAUGAUCUCAGCUGACCUAAACCAGGAUGGAUACGAAGAUCUGGUAGUUGGAGCACCAGGGUACAGCACACUGGGCCAUGUUCAGAUAGGACAAGUGUAUGUGGUCUAUGGCACCCAGUCAGGUUUGCCACCAGAGGACAUGGAUCUAGAUGGGAAAGCUGACCAAGUACUACAGGGUCAUCAGCCUUCAGGAAGAUUUGGUUCUGCCUUGGCAGUCCUUGACUUCAAUGAGGAUGGAGUACCAGAUCUGGCAGUUGGAGCACCUUCUGUGGGAUCUCAGUUUCUUACGUACAAAGGUGCUGUGUAUGUCUAUUUUGGCACUGUGGGAAGAGGCUUGGCAUCUCAACCGAAUGUUACCAUAACUUGUCAGUACUCCUACUGUAACCUUGGCUGGUCCCUGCUGGCAGCUGAUGUUGAUGGAGAUGGAAAUGCUGAUCUGGUUGUGGGCUCUCCAUAUGCACCUGGUGGUGGGCAGCAGAGAGGGUUUGUGGUUGCAUUUUACUCCUAUUACAACAGGAGUGACCAAGGACUUCUGUCAGUACAGGAUGCCAACUGGAUAGUGAAGGGAGAAGAGAACUAUGCUUGGUUUGGAUUUUCACUUGCCAGCUGCCAGCUGGAGAACAUAACCUUACUGCUGAUUGGUAGCCCAACCUGGAAGAAUUGUACUGGUCCAAGCUGCAAGCUCGCCUCAUCAGAUGUCAGCCAGAGCGUGGGGAAGGUGUAUGGGUAUAACCCACCAAGCACAGAGCACUGGUUUGCAGUAGCUGGGGACAAGGCGCUGGGCAGAAUGGGCUUGUCUCUGGCCAGUGGCGUCAUGUCUGUGGCUGGGACCACGAGGACAGUUUUGGUUGUGGGUGCACCUACUACAGAUAGCCUAUCUAGGAUUUCACUUAUAUCCUCAGUGCUGCAUCAAGCUGGUCUGGCCCUGGUGUAUGAUCUGACAGACAGCACCAAGCCAUCUCUGCUCAGCACAUUCAGUGGGGACAGGAGGUUUUCUCGCUUUGGAGGAAGUGUAUACUUAAAUGACCUGGAUAAUGAUGGACUCGAUGAAAUGAUCGUGACAUCCCCGCUGCGAACUAAGGAUAUCUCAGUUCUGUUUGGGAGUGCUGCUGGCCGUGUUUACAUUUACAAUGGAAACCAGACAGCCUCAGGGAAUGUGACAGGUCACUGCAAAUCAUGGUCAUCUCCCUGUCCUGAGGACUGGGCACAGUAUGUCCUGAUAUCUCCUGAGGAACUAUCAAGAUUUGGGAGUUCUGUAAUUACUGUGAAAUCUGGAAGAAAGAAAGAAAUUGUAGUAGCAGCAGAGAGAAGUUCGGUGAAAGCUCGACUUGGUGGAAGACUUUUUGUCUACUCACUCUAAAGGUCAUGGUAGCCUUUAAAACCAAGACACAGCUGGUCUUUUAGUGAAGAAUCUCUGUAGAAUCUGUGAUACAUUCCUUAACCCAAACAAACCAGCAGACAACAGAAUUUUUAAUAGAUGUUCCAGAUGGACAGAUAAAGUCCUAGAUAGCAUUAAUGGAGGGAUAGUCACUUUUUUUAAGCGAAGGAGAAUAUGAACAUUGUCAGAGGCUUUGACUUAUAAACCAACCAAAGGUUUGUCAGUCACACAAAAGCACAAGUCAGUUCUGUUAUGAGCAGUAGUACCUUUAACCUGGAACAAGCAAGCUGGUCUCAAAACCUUUUAAUGGCUGAAAUGAGCUAGCUUUUGGUAGCAAUAUAUUUGGCUGUGUAAGGUAUGUUCAGUGGUCAGCUUCUUUAGAGGUCAGAUUUUAAUAUUUUCUUGACAAACCUAUGGAAGAAUAUCAUAUAAUUUACAACUCCUUGUAUAAUGUGAUACAGACAGGGACUCCUCUAAGUUAUCCAAAGCUACUGUCAAAGUAAUUAGCAUGGAGAAAGAGAUUCCUCUAAGCCAAACAGAAAGGCGAGUGCCAAUCACAAGGACUGCUGCUCUCUCUAGCAAGUCUGGAGGCCUGCGUUCAGGGUGCAGAACAGCUGGAAUCUCCCAAGGAGAAAGCACAAGACUAAGUCUUAGGAAAUGCUUUUGCACUUGUGCUCAAGGCUACUCUUGACAUCCUGUCUUUGUUUUUUCAUAGACAUUUUCAUGACCGUGGUAAUUCAGAAUUAUUAACAGUAUUGUAAUCAUCUCAUUAAUUUUGUAUGAUGCAGGUUUAACAUGUGCAUCAAUUAUCUAUUAAACAACUUACGCAGCAA